AUGAGACGAGAACGUGAACGUAAACGAAAGAAAAAAGUUUCUGAACUCAGUCCAGAAGAAUUAUUGAUGAGACGAGAACGUGAAUGUGAACAAAAGAAAAAAGUUUCUGAACUCAGUCCAGAAGAAUUAAUGAUGAGGCGAGAAAAUGAACGUAAACGAAAGAAAAGAACUUCUGAGCUCAGUCCAGAAGAAUUAUUGAUGAGACGAGAACGUGAACGUAAACAAAAGAAAAAGGUUUCUGAACUUAGUCCAAAAGAAUUAUUGAUGAAACGAGAAGGUGAUCGUGAUCGUUAUCGUAAACGAAAGAAAAAUCGAGGUCGUGAGUAUAUAAGAGAAGAAAAUCAAGACGAAUGGUACGGAGAAUGGUAUCGUCCUCAUUCAUUAACUCAUUGGAACAAACAUAAAACAAAAAUAUUUUUUUUGAGUUCUACUAGUGAUACUAAGAAUAAAGUCAAACCUCUUGAUUCUGUGCCAGAACUCGAACCGCUUGGUUCUGAGUUCUGGCUCAGAACCAAAAGGUUCGAUGCCGGCACUAGUCAUAUAAGCGACAAAGGUAAAGAACGUAAAUUUCGUAAUUAA